UCUCUCUCUCUCUCCUUUUUUCUAUUCUUACACCGAAUCAAUCUCACUCUCACUCUCUCUCUCUCUCUUUAUAAUCUUCCAUCUACACUCUUCACAACUUCAGGGCUCAAUCUCAAAAAUCAAGCUCUCUUCUUUAUCGCAUUGAGCCCGUUUUCUCUCCUCGCCUAUUUCCUUCCUCUCGCUCGAAAGGAAAGAACACACCAAACGCGGAAUACAAUAGAAAACAAAACCAGAACAUGCCUACACCUCCAGACACUAGCAAAACCGUGAAACUAGAGAGAUACAACAGCUAUCUCCGAAAACUACACAGCACAAAACUCCUAAAUGCUUCUUCUAAACUUCUCUUCCGUGUAACCCUGCUCAUAGCUUUAGUCUUAAUCCUCUUCUUCACCAUCAACUACCCUCCUCUUUCCGACAAUCCCCACCAUGUCCCUCCUCACCAGCACCACCACAGCUUCCUCUCCACCUCCCUUUUCUCCAUCUCCCCCGGCGGCGCCGCCUGGGAGAAACAAGUCCGCCACUCUUCCACCCCACGUAGACCCAACGGGUUCUCUGUUUUAGUCACGGGCGCCGCCGGGUUCAUAGGCUCCCACUGUUCCCUCGCUUUGAAAAAGCGAGGCGACGGGGUUCUUGGUUUAGACAACUUCAAUAACUACUACGAUCCUUCUUUGAAAAGAGCCAGGCAAAACCUUUUAAGCAAGCACCAAAUUUUCAUCGUCGAAGGUGACUUGAACGAUGGACCCUUGUUAACCAAGCUCUUCGAUGUUGUGCCUUUCACUCAUGUACUUCACUUAGCAGCUCAGGCCGGAGUACGGUACGCCAUGCAAAAUCCACAAUCUUACGUGAGCUCGAACAUUGCAGGAUUCGUUAACCUACUUGAGGUAGCCAAAUCAGCCAACCCUCAGCCAUCCAUUGUUUGGGCCUCGUCAAGCUCCGUUUAUGGCCUCAACACCGAAAACCCUUUCUCCGAAAGAGACAGGACGGACCAGCCAGCUAGUCUCUACGCUGCUACCAAGAAAGCUGGAGAAGAAAUUGCCCACACUUACAACCAUAUUUACGGUCUUGCCCUUACUGGGCUAAGAUUUUUCACGGUUUACGGUCCUUGGGGAAGACCCGACAUGGCUUAUUUCUUCUUUACUAAAGAUAUCCUACAAGGCAAAUCCAUUGACAUUUACCAGACGCAGGAUCAAAAAGAGGUGGCGCGUGACUUCACUUACAUUGACGACGUCGUGAAAGGGUGUUUAGGGGCAUUGGACACAGCUGGAAAGAGCACCGGAAGCGGCGGCAAGAAGAAAGGGCCGGCGCAAUUGAGAGUUUACAAUUUGGGGAAUACAUCUCCAGUUCCUGUGGGCAGAUUGGUCUCAAUCCUGGAAGGGUUGCUGAACACCAAGGCCAAAAAGCAUGUGAUUACGAUGCCAAGAAAUGGGGAUGUGCCCUUCACACAUGCCAAUGUGACCUUAGCCUACAAGGAUUUUGGGUACAAGCCCACCACAGAUUUGGCCACGGGAUUGAGGAAAUUCGUCAAAUGGUAUGUUAGUUAUUUUGGCAUUCAACGGAGGGUUAAAAAGGAAACUCAACAUGCCGAUGAAUCUGGCUGAGGGGAUUGAGCUUCAUCAUCACGCACAUGGUUGCCCCCUUCUUUUUUUUUUUUUUCUUCCACCCCUUCAAUUUCUUCUUAUUUUUCUUUUUCUUUUUGUUCAUUGAAUUCUGUUCUUUCUCUUUUCUUCUUUAGAGUUAUGGUUGUGGUCCUCAGAUGUAAAAAGGAUCAAAUUGUUGCAGCUGUUGUUCAUGUAGCAUAUAGAUAUAGAUUUGAUGAUAUAGAAAGUGAUAAAUGUGAAAAAAAAAAUUGGAGAGAAAAUUAAGAAAGGGAAAGGAGGGAGAAAGGUGUAGAUCUGUGGAGGUGAGAUGUAAUAAUGUGGUAGGGUCUGCUAGAAAGGAUGCAGAUCUUGGCCGUUCAAAUUUCAUAUAAAAUGAAAAAAAAAAAUUGUGAUUGAGCAACAAUGAUGACAACAAGAUUCUUCUUCUA